AUGGCUGUCGAGGACUUUAUUUACCGAGUCGAAGCUUUAGCCGGUCAAACAUUGGACGGUAAUCUUCAACUCGUGGCUCAAAAUGCCAGUACGUUAUUCGAGGGUAUUGCGAGCGAGUGGUAUUGGCGUUACCACAAAAGUGUAACCGUUGUGCGCUGGUAUGAAUUAUGCGCCGCACUCAAAGGGCAAUUUAAGUACGACCGAACUGACAGAAAUAUCAGGGCCAAGAUAGACCAGAGAAAGCAACGCGGAAGUGAAUCAUUCGAUGAUUUCUACCGGGUAAUCGCAACUCUUGCGGAUAGACUAUCGCAGCCCAUGUCAGAAGGUGCUAUGGUUGAAACCUUACGAGCCAAUCUCCAAACCGAUAUUCAGCACGAAAUUUUAUACGAGCGUGCCGAUACCGUUUCCGAAUUAAGAAGGUUGGUUAGGACUCGGGAAAUCUUUAUGCAAAGCGUAGGGAAGCCUCAGGGGUUUCCACAACGCCAGGUACCCAGGCCACAGGUUUGCGAGGUCCAAUGUCAGAUCGAGUCAGAAUCGGAAUUCGAAGAUCUAGAGGAAGACCUAGAGUUAGCGGCCAUGGAAUUGCAGUGCUGGAACUGCCAGGAAAAGGGUCACAGGUAUCAGGAGUGCACCGCGGACAGACGUGUCUUCUGUUAUGGUUGCGCAAGGGCGUGCCACAAGGGCACGCAGACAGAUGGUUUCGAAAUCAACGAUGACAAACUAAACGAUUUCAACCAAACUAGUAGCAGCGUAUCUACAACCUUUGAGGUGGACCAGGUCCAACAAAAGCUAGAGGUCACAGAUACAAGCCGAUCAAAAGCUCGCAGGGAGAAAAGAAAAAAACUAAGAAAGGAAGAACGGAAGCUGCUUCUCUCAGCCAUGGUGGGGCAACUUCGCGACGUUAGGCCGUAUGCUCAGGUGAAAAUGCUAGGAAAAAUAGUAGUGGGCUUAUUGGAUACAGGGGCAUCGGUUAGCUGCAUAGGUGGUAGUCUGGCCACAGAGCUGCCAGGUCUAAAUAUUUUAUGCCAAAAAUUUACCGCAGAUGUUAGAACAGCCGAUGGACAAUCUCGGAAAAUUACCGGCCGAGUAACCACUGAAGUGUCCUUCCGAAACGAGAAUAAAAAUAUCACCUUCUACGUAGUUCCAUCUUUAGCAGGGGAUCUCUAUUUAGGAAUAGAUUUUUGGAAGCACUUUCAGCUGCUACCCGAAGCUUUCUGUGGCAACAACCAAGUAGUGGCAGCCUUAGAGGAGCCUUCGGCUCGAGAGCUUACUCAAAGCCAGCAGAAAACGAUGCUUCAGGUUGUUCAACUUUUCCCGUCGUAUGCCUUAAAAGGAUUAGGAAGGACCCAAUUGAUUACCCACUCCAUUGAUGUUGCUCAAGCAAAGCCAGUAAAGCAAAGACACUAUGCCGUAUCGCCUGCAACAGAAAAACUGAUGUACGCCGAGUUGGAUAGGAUGCUCAAGUUAGGGGUUAUUGAAGAGUCAUCCAGCGCUUGGUCCUCCCCAGUAGUCCUGGUGCAAAAACCAGGAAAAGUUAGGCUUUGUAUUGAUAGCCGAAAGUUAAAUGAGGUGACGACUAUGUGCAGGCUGAUGGAUAAGGUGAUACACGCAGACUUGAAAAACGAGGUGUUCGCUUACCUGGACGACCUACUAAUAGUCUCAGACUCGUUCGAAAGGCACAUAGAAGUUUUGCAGGAGGUUGCCUCUUAUCUACAAAAAGCCAAACUAACCAUAAAUGUGGAGAAGAGCACCUUUUGCAUCAAAGAAGUAAAAUUUCUAGGACAUGUGAUUGGAAAUGGAACUGUAGGGACGGACCCAGAUAAAAUAUCCGCCAUAGUCGAAUUUCCAAGCCCGCGAUCAAUGAAGCAGGUUCGUCGAUUUUUAGGGAUGACUGGGUGGUACAAUAAGUUCAUAAAGAACUUCGCAGCGCUAGCCUCCCCAAUUACAGAUACUCUUAAAAAUAGACGGAGAUUUGUUUGGACCAAGGAAGCUCAGGAAGCCUUUGAGGGGCUAAAGGAAAAAAUGUGCACUGCCCCAGUUUUACACAGCCCGAAUUUUGACGCACUUUUUUCCAUUCAUUGCGAUGCAAGCAAUACAGGAGUUGGUGCAGUCCUGAUGCAGCAAGACUCGGAAGGAAACGAGGUUCCGAUCUCCUUUAUGUCUCGAAAGCUGAACAGGUGUCAAUCAAACUACACGGUGACCGAAAAGGAGUGUCUGGCAGCCGUGUUGGCAGUAAAAAAAUUUAGGGCAUAUGUGGAGGGACAAGAAUUUAGUAUUAUCACGGAUCACGCUUCUUUAAAAUGGCUUAUGUCCCAAGGAGACCUAAGUUCCCGUCUGGCCCGCUGGUCCCUAAAAUUACAAGGGUUUAAGUUUAAAAUAAGCCAUAGAAAAGGCAGUCAGAACGUGGUGCCAGACGCCCUGUCAAGGACCUUUACAGACGACCUAUCCGCUUUCGAAGUAGCAAGUUUAGUGGAUAUGGAGGCCAAAGCAUUAAGGGGAACGGAGUACGAAAAUUUAAAGUCAGCUGUCUCUUCAGGAACACCCAGAUUGUUGGAUGUCAGGAUCAGCAACGGGUACUUGUAUCGCCGCGCGGAACGCGCUGCAGACGAAAAGGUUGGAGAUGAGUCUUGCUGGAAACUUUGGCUUCCCAAAGAAUUAGUUCCCGACUUGCUAAUAAGAGCUCAUGAAGAUCCCAUGGCAGCCCACUGCGGAGUAGCUAAAAUGUUGGAGAAACUAAGAAGAUAUUUUUAUUGGCCAAAUUUAGCAGCAGAUGUCAAGGAAUUUGUCAACAAGUGUGCGGUGUGUAAAACUACCAAACACCCCAGUCAGAUCUUAAGGCCACCCUUAGGAAAUACUGGUCAUUCAGACAGGAUCUUCCAAAGACUUUAUGUCGAUUUUUUAGGACCAUAUCCGCGUAGCUCAGAAGGGAAUAUAGGAUUGUUCAUAGUCGUCGAUCAUGCUUCAAAAUUCCCAUUUCUUAAAGCCGUAAAGAAGUUCACAACGGAGGCUAUCCUUCCCUUCCUGGAAAAGGAAAUCUUCCACUGUUUUGGCGUUCCGGAAACAAUCAUUUCCGACAAUGGGCACAUGAUUGUAGACGGGAAGUCGUAUCGAGUUAUUAGAGAACUAGGACUGCUGGAAGAUAGAACGGUGCAGUUUGAUAAAGACGACUCGAGGGAUAUAAUCAUGCGUACCGCCCAGGAGGCGAUGGACGUCCAAAGGCAAAGAAACGAGCGGUCCUACAAUCUGAGAAGCCGAGAGGUAUCUUAUAGACCUGGACAGGAAGUGUACCGACGGAACUUCCAACAAAGCAAUUUUUGCAAAGGGUUUAGCUCAAAACUGGCUCCGGUCUUCAUAAAAUCAAGAGUUCGGAAGAAGCUAGGAGCGGCUUAUUACGAGAUCGAGGAUCUCCAAGGAAAGGUUGUAGGCAAAUACCAUGCUAAAGACCUACGGCAAUAG